CCGCUGCCGCCGCUGCCGCCGCUGCCGCCUCCGCAGCCUCUGUCGGCGCAAGUGCGGCGCGGGCGGGGGGAGGGGGCGCGGCGGAGCGCGAGGUUGGGGUCCGGCCGCGGGGGAUUAAGUUUCUCGUUUGUGCGUGAGUGUGCCUGCGCGUUCAUCCCGAAGCUCCUCGACGGGCCGUUACUUGAGAAGAGAAGAGAGAGAACGAGGGCGAGGCCGGGCACUCCGAGUCCCUGGAAACCCCGGCUCCUCAGCCUCUGCCCCCCUCCGUCCCCGCGCGGGGCCGCUGCCGCGAGCCGGGUGAUUGGUAUUACCAUCCAGUCAGUAACUGAAGCAGGAAAGCUGGAAUUCGUGCUAGACUCAUCUUUGUUCCAUCCAUAUUGCCAGAGUUCCAUUUUGGCUGCUGUUUAUAGAGAAGAACACUGAACGUUAAAAAAACAUGUUAGACACUAUAGACAAAAACCGGGCCCUGCAGGCUGCAGAGCGCUUGCAAGCCAAGCUGCGAGAACGUGGGGACGUGGCAAAUGAAGACAAACUGAACCUUCUCAAGUCAGUCUUGCAGAGCCCACUGUUCAGUCAGAUUCUGAGCCUUCAGACUUCUGUGCAGCAGCUGAAAGACCAGGUAAACAUUGCAGUGUCGGCCAUUUCAAAUGUAGAUUGUGCCCAUAUGCCGCAUCUCAGCCCAGCUGCAGCUGUGCAGCAUGAAUCGUUUUUAUCAUCCCCAAACAAUGGCAAUCUGGAAACCCUUACAACAGCAUCAGGUACUCCACACAUCAAUGGGAAACAUGCUUGUGAUGAAUUUGAUCAACUGAUUAAAAAUAUGGCCCAGGGUCGCCACAUAGAAGUGUUUGAGCUCCUCAAACCUCCCUGCGGAGGCCUCGGCUUCAGUGUUGUGGGACUGAGGAGUGAAAACCGGGGGGAACUGGGGAUAUUUGUGCAGGAGAUCCAAGAGGGCAGCGUGGCUCACAGAGAUGGAAGACUGAAGGAAACUGAUCAAAUCCUUGCUAUCAAUGGACAGGCACUUGACCAGACAAUCACACAUCAGCAGGCUAUCAGCAUCCUUCAGAAAGCCAAAGAAAAUGUCCAGCUGGUUAUUGCCAGAGGCUCACUGCCUCAGCUCAUCAGCCCCAUCAUCUCCCGGUCCCCGUCUGCAGCUAGCACAAUUUCAGCUCACUCUAAUCCGGUUCACUGGCAGCAUGUGGAAACCAUUGAAUUGGUGAAUGAUGGUUCUGGCCUGGGGUUUGGCAUUGUAGGAGGCAAAGCAACUGGCGUGAUAGUGAAGACCAUUCUGCCCGGAGGGGUGGCUGAUCAGCAUGGGCGAUUAUGCAGUGGAGACCACAUUCUAAAGAUUGGUGACACUGACCUAGCAGGAAUGAGCAGUGAGCAGGUGGCACAAGUCCUCCGGCAGUGUGGGAACAGAGUGAAACUGGUGAUUGCCAGAGGCGCCAUGGAGGAACCGGCUGCGCCCACUGUGUGCUCAUCCCCAUGCUCUACACCCGAGAUGCGGGUUGAUGCUUCCACUCAGAAAAGUGAAGAAAGUGAGACAUUUGAUGUAGAACUCACUAAGAAUGUCCAAGGAUUAGGAAUUACCAUUGCUGGUUACAUUGGAGAUAAAAAAUUAGAACCUUCAGGAAUCUUUGUAAAGAGCAUUACAAAGAGCAGUGCUGUUGAACAUGAUGGAAGAAUCCAAAUUGGAGACCAAAUCAUAGCAGUGGAUGGCACAAACCUUCAGGGUUUUACCAAUCAACAAGCAGUGGAGGUGUUGCGACACACAGGACAAACUGUGCACCUGACACUAAUGAGGAGGGGAGCAAAGCAGGAGGCUGAGCUUGAGUCCAGGGAGGAUGGCACCAAAGAUGCUGUUUUGUCUCCUGUUAAUGCCGGCAUAAGCAAAGGUUAUCCAUUACUGUUAGCUGAGAUAGAAGAAGUAGAAGACACACAACAACAGGAAGCCGCCCUGCUGGCAAAGUGGCAAAGGAUUAUGGGAAUUAAUUAUGAAAUUGUGGUGGCCCAUGUGAGCAAGUUCAGUGAGAACAGCGGGUUGGGGAUAAGUCUGGAAGCAACAGUGGGACACCAUUUUAUCCGGUCUGUUCUACCAGAAGGUCCUGUUGGACACAGUGGGAAGCUUUUCAGUGGAGAUGAGCUGUUGGAAGUGAAUGGCAUAACUUUGCUUGGGGAAAAUCACCAAGAUGUGGUGAAUAUUUUAAAGGAAUUGCCUAUAGAAGUAACCAUGGUGUGCUGUCGUCGAACUGUGCCACCUGCCACCCAAUCAGAAUUGGAUAGCCUGGACUUAUGUGAUAUUGAAAUAACAGAAAAGCCUCAUAUAGAUCUAGGCGAGUUCAUCGGGUCUUCCGAGACAGAGGAUCCUGUGCUGGAGAUGACUGAUGUGGUUCAGAAUGCACAGAAGGUUCAAGGACCUUUGGCCAUGUGGGAGGCUGACAUUCAGCACAUCGAGCUGGAGAAAGGGAGCAGAGGACUUGGUUUUAGCAUUUUAGAUUAUCAGGAUCCAGUUGAUCCAGCAAGCACUGUGAUCGUAAUACGUUCUUUGGUACCUGGUGGCAUUGCUGAAAAGGAUGGACGACUUCUUCCUGGAGACCGACUCAUGUUUGUCAACGACGUUAACUUGGAAAACAGCAGUCUUGAAGAAGCUGUGCAGGCACUGAAGGGUGCACCAUCAGGAAUUGUGAAAAUAGGAGUUUCCAAGCCUUUACCACUCUCACCAGAAGAAGGUUAUGUUUCUGCUAAGGAGGAUUCCUUUCUCUACCCCCCACACUCCUGUGAGGAGGAAGGGCUGGCUGACAAAGCCCUCUUCAGGGCUGACUUGGCUCUGGUGGACACAAAUGAUGCUGACCUAGCAAAUGAGUCUGCAUUUGAGUCUCAGUACUCUCCUGAUAAUGACAGUAUCUACUCUACUCCAGCCUCUAUUUUAUCUCUUCAUGGCAGUGCUUGUAGUGAUGUCUUGAACUAUGGUCCCUCCCUUCCAUCUUCUCCCCCCAAGGAUGUUACUGAAAAUUCUUCAGAUCCAGUACUUGACCUGCACAUGUCCUUGGAAGAAUUGUACACCCAGAGUCUCCUGCAAAGACAGGAUGACAGUCCACCUUCAGGAGACUUGAGCAUGAGGCCUGUUUCUAGCUUUACCAUAAAUGAUUAUGCACCUGCAAAUGCUAUUGAACAACAGUAUGAAUGUGAAAACCUGAGAGUGUGGACUGAAUCUCACCUCCCAAAUGAAGUUAUAUCAAGCACAGAACUUACUUCUCCUCUGCUACCUGAUUCAGCUGGAAAGGGCUCUGAGUUCUUAAAUCAACAGAACUCUCUGGCCUCUGCUGCUGAGUGUGUCAUGCUUCACAAUAUGUCCAGAGAAUCUUUUGAGAGGACUAUUAUUAUAGCAAAAGGCAAUUCUAGUCUAGGGAUGACAGUAAGUGCUAAUAAAGAUGGCUUGGGAAUGAUUGUUAGAAGCAUUAUUCACGGAGGUGCCAUUAGUCGAGAUGGCAGGAUUGCUGUUGGGGACUGCAUCUUGUCUAUUAAUGAAGAAUCUACCAUCAGUUUAACCAAUGCCCAGGCACGAGCCAUGUUGAGAAGACAUUCUCUCAUUGGGCCCGACAUAAAAAUAACUUAUGUGCCUGCAGAGCAUUUGGAAGAUUUUAGAAUAAACCUGGGACAACAACAUGGAGGAAUAAUGGCACUGGAUAUUUUUUCUUCAUACACUGGCAGAGACAUUCCAGAAUUGCCAGAGCGAGAAGAAGGAGAGGGAGAAGAAAGUGAACUUCAGAAUGCAGCGUACAGCAAUUGGAAUCAGCCCCGGCGGGUUGAGCUUUGGAGAGAACCAAGCAAAUCCUUGGGCAUCAGCAUUGUUGGUGGACGAGGGAUGGGGAGUCGUCUAAGCAACGGUGAAGUGAUGAGGGGCAUUUUCAUCAAGCAUGUUCUGGAAGAUAGUCCAGCUGGGAAAAAUGGAACCUUGAAACCUGGAGAUAGAAUAGUAGAGGUGGAUGGCAUGGACCUCAGAGAUGCAAGCCACGAACAAGCUGUGGAAGCCAUUCGGAAAGCAGGCAACCCCGUAGUCUUUAUGGUACAGAGCAUUAUAAACAGACCAAGGAAACCCCCCUUGCCUUCCUUGCCGCACAACCUUUACCCUAAGUUCAGCUUCAGCAGCACUAACCCAUUUGCUGACUCUCUGCAGUUCAACGCUGACAAGGAAUUACAGAAUUCAAGUAGAGUUAUCCUCCGUUGUUCCCCAACUAACCCUUUUGCUCCCACACCAUUUAAGGCACCCAGUCAGUCUGAAACAGAGCCAGAAAAGGCUCCAUUGUGCAGUGUACCUCCACCCCCUCCUUCAGCAUUUGCAGAAAUGAGCAGUGACCAAGCCCCAUCAUCUGUGAGCAAAGUCUCAGAAGUGGACAAAGAGGAUGAGUUUGGGUAUAGCUGGAAAAAUAUCAGAGAACGUUAUGGAACUCUCACAGGCGAGCUACAUAUGAUUGAACUGGAGAAAGGUCGUAGUGGUUUGGGUCUCAGUCUUGCUGGGAACAAAGACCGAUCCAGAAUGAGUGUCUUUAUAGUGGGGAUUGAUCCAAAUGGAGCAGCUGGGAAAGAUGGUCGAUUACAGAUUGCAGAUGAGCUUCUAGAGAUCAAUGGUCAAAUUUUAUAUGGAAGAAGUCAUCAGAAUGCUUCAUCAAUCAUUAAAUGUGCCCCUUUUAAAGUAAAAAUAAUUUUUAUCAGAAAUAAAGAUGCAGUGAGUCAGAUGGCUGUAUGUCCUGGAAAUACAGUAGAAGCUUUGUCUUCUACCUCAGAGAAUCUUCAAAAUACGGAGGCUGAAUCAAGUGUUGCAACUUCUGAGGCAGCUGUGGACCUCAGUUCAUUUAAAAAUGUGCAACACCUGGAGCUUCCCAAGGAUCAAGGGGGUUUGGGCAUUGCUAUCAGUGAGGAGGACACGCUCAGCGGGGUCAUCAUAAAGAGCUUAACAGAGCAUGGGGUAGCAGCCAAGGAUGGACGGCUCCAAGUUGGAGACCAAAUCUUGGCUAUAGAUGAUGAAGUUGUUGUUGGCUAUCCUGUUGAAAAGUUUAUUAGCCUUUUGAAAACAGCAAAGACAACAGUGAAACUUACCAUUCGUUCUGAGAAUCCAGAUUCCCAGGCUCUUGCUUCAGCAGCUGGUACAACCAAUGAAGAAAAAAAGAACAGUCCCCAGUCUGCAAUGGUCCCUCGAGCUGGCUCCCCGGAACCAGAGCCUGUCCGAGGUACAAGCAGGUCAUCGACACCAGCAGUCUUUGCUUCUGACCCUGCCACCUGCCCCAUCAUCCCAGGCUGCGAGACGAUGAUUGAGAUCUCCAAAGGGCGGACGGGGCUGGGCCUGAGCAUCGUCGGGGGGUCCGACACACUGCUGGGUGCCAUUAUUAUCCAUGAAGUUUAUGAAGAAGGAGCAGCAUGUAAAGAUGGAAGACUCUGGGCCGGCGAUCAGAUUUUAGAGGUGAAUGGAAUUGACUUGAGAAAGGCCACACACGAUGAAGCGAUAAAUGUCCUGAGACAGACACCACAAAGAGUACGCCUGACACUCUACAGAGACGAGGCCCCAUACAAAGAGGAGGACGUGUGUGACACCCUCACUGUUGAGCUACAGAAGAAACCCGGGAAAGGCCUGGGGUUAAGCAUUGUUGGUAAAAGAAAUGACAGCGGAGUAUUUGUGUCAGACAUUGUCAAAGGAGGAAUUGCAGAUGCUGAUGGAAGACUGAUGCAGGGAGACCAGAUAUUAAUGGUGAAUGGAGAAGAUGUUCGUAAUGCUACCCAGGAAGCUGUUGCUGCUUUGCUAAAGUGUUCCCUAGGUACAGUGACCUUGGAAGUAGGAAGAAUCAAAGCUGGACCAUUCCAUUCAGAGAGGAGGCCCUCUCAGAGCAGCCAGAUGAGCGAAUGCAGCCUGUCAUCCUUCACUUUCCCGCCCUCUGGGUCCAGUGCAUCUGAGUCGCUAGAAAGGAGCUCGAAAAAGAAUGCACUAGCAUCCGAAAUACAGGGAUUAAGAACAGUUGAAAUAAAAAAGGGGCCUUCUGAUUCGUUGGGAAUCAGCAUUGCUGGAGGAGUGGGCAGCCCACUUGGCGAUGUUCCUAUAUUUAUCGCCAUGAUGCACCCGAAUGGAGUGGCAGCUCAGACCCAGAAACUCAGAGUGGGGGAUAGGAUUGUCACUAUUGGUGGCACAUCCACUGAGGGCAUGACUCACACCCAAGCAGUUAACUUACUGAAAAGUACCCCUGGCUCCAUUGAAAUGCAGGUGGUUGCCGGAGGAGACGUGAGCGUGGUCACAGGUCACCAGCAGGAGCCCCCCAGCUCCAGCCUUUCUUUCUCUGGGUUGACGUCAAGUGGUAUAUUUCAGGACGAUUUGGGACCUCCUCAGUGUAAGUCUAUUACACUAGACCGUGGACCAGAUGGCUUGGGCUUCAGUAUAGUAGGAGGGUAUGGCAGCCCUCAUGGAGACUUACCCAUUUAUGUUAAAACAGUGUUUGCGAAGGGAGCAGCCUCCGAAGAUGGGCGUCUGAAAAGGGGUGAUCAGAUCAUCGCUGUCAAUGGGCAGAGCCUGGAAGGGGUAACCCACGAAGAAGCCGUCGCCAUCCUCAAGCGGACGAAAGGCACUGUCACUCUGGUGGUUCUCUCCUGAAGUUCACCCCCGCUCACUCGCAUGUCACACUGUAAAGAGAAAGGGACUGGUCUUUCAGGAGGCUUUUCUCAUACUGUGUUCAUCUUGCUCUUCAGAACUGUAGGGAAAAACACCAGUUAGGUGUGUGACACUCACAGGGGAACAACUUUCUCACUGUUAGCUAAGCGUCAUGUCCCCUCUCUCCUUGUACAUUGUGAACGUGCACUCAAAGGUAGGACUGUCUGCCUAGUUAAAUCGUUCUUUCUCCAGGAAGAUACCUGACACUUCAUGGUAACAUGGGUGAAAAUUAUUGUGUGCUGAACUGGUUAGUAGAGGGAGAGAAAAGAAUUCUAAAGCUAACCUAAGAGAAAUGGCUUGAGUAAGUUAGGGUGAAAAUGAAAAUAUAAAAUAAAGAAGAAAAUGUCAAGCUUUGUAAAAGCUCCUUAUAUUUUGUCAAUCUACCCCUCUCAUUAUUACUAACUUAAAAAAAUUUUAUUAAAAAUCUUUAAAAAUACUCAGUGUUUAAAUUUUUUGACAAUUAUAAAAACUUUGCAUCUCCCACCUUUAAUAUACACAUAAAUAUCUCCUUCCUUGAGUGGGUUUCUAGUGUGGUGUAAAGAGCAGAUAAAAGCAAUGUCCUUAAGUAUGUAAAGAACACAUUUCAUGCACAUCUCCGUGUUCAUUUUCAUUCGUGACCUGUUAGAAGUAUUUCCAGGACUCUAUAGGUAAAAUGAUGAUGCCUCCCCUGCACCCACUGGCACUCUCUGGAAAGCAGCUGUGCUCACUGUGCAGGAGCGAAAAGCGAAAGCUCUCCGAACCUUCAGUGCUGGCUUUCACUGACGCAAUGCUAAACCGUGUCAGCGCGCUGCGCAGUUGGCUUUCUGUUAGGAUUAAUCUUAAUGACAGGGAAAAAAGCAAUGUGUUAGUAAUUAUUUUGGUUGUAUGCCAUUAGAAAAUUGAUAGAAAAAUUAACAGAAUUAACAUAACUUCAUUUCAUUGCUCUAUAUUAACAUCUUAUAAUACAAUAGUUUAAGACUAAGGGAAACAGAUGGAGCUGUUUAUUGAGACAACUGGUGAGAAAUUAUCAUGUGUUCAUUCCCAUUUUAGAGCGUGAAACUCCUACAUUAGAAUAUAUAAAGUCACUUUAAAUAUUAUCUAUAUUUGUAACAGAAGUAGUGUACAGAUAUUUUAUUACAGCACUUUUGUGUGAAUGCAGAAUUGAAGUGAAUAAAGAAGUUUCAUGGAGCACGAAUAAAGAAGCAGGCAUGUUUUUUGUUUGUUCUUGUUACUGGGGAAAAGCUUUAUUACAUUGUUCAAAGCUUACAAUUUAAAAUUGUUUUUCGUCAUGUCUAACUGAACAUGCGGUGUCCACAGUUACAAUGAGAGGAGCUUCAGACAACAUUAUUAUGAAAAGCUCAAUAUUCUCUACAUUACAUCUUGAGUUUUACUGAUGCUAAAGACCCAGAGACUCCUCGUGGAGCAGAAGAAGACAAGCAGCGUUGUAAAAAGAGAGGUCUCCUUCCUUUCUGUGUAUGUUUUUCAGAGAUGCUGUUAAUGCAGUGAUAUUAUAAGUUGUUCUUUAGGGUAGUCAG